AUGGCUCUGGGGUAUCCCCGCACGCCAUUUGGCUUUUGUGUCAACAUCAACCUGGUUUCAACGUCGCCUGAGAAUGGGGCUACUGAGUUUUGGCUUGGCACACACAACGAUCCAGCGCUGGAGGCACUCACUAUUAACGGACACGGGGAUGACGGUCCUGACCCUGCUAUAGCCCUCGAGAAAAAAGCAGCUCGAGCCAAGGACCUUGGUGUGCCCAUCGACUUUGCGGACAAGCUCGUUGAAGAGCGCCGUAAAGUGCGGCCGCCGAUUCAAGCAAGCCUUCCCAAAGGUUCACUUAUCAUCCGCGACAUACGCAUAUGGCACGCGGGCAUGCCCAAUCGGACCGACGAUGCGCGUGUCAUGUUGGUAACAGUUGCCGUGGCUUCUUGGUAUCGCAAUGGACAGAAGAUCCUGUUGCCCAUGCGGUGGAAGAACAGGAUUCACUGGGGAAAACUUGAUCCAUGCAUCGAAUGGGUAGAGAACGAUCGCAACUAUCUUCAAGGCUCGCACGACAUCAAUCUAGCCCAGCUUCCUUGA